GAAUCACAAAGAAUAAACAAACAACAAAAUGUGCAUUAAUUAUACAUUGAAAUACUAAUUGGGAUAAAUACAAUGGAAGUGAUUCACUUGGGACUCGGUUAACAUGUUAUCUGUUUUCAUUCUGUUUCUACCUAUUAUAUUAGCUUCGGAAUUUGUGCUUGAAGAACACAAGAAUUACAAACUAUUACCUACGGACACUUGCGGAGAGAGCAUGGCGGAUAGGAUAAUCGGAGGAUCGAAGGCUUCUCUAGGACAAUUCCCAUGGAUGGCCAGGAUUAGUUACGAGAUCUGCGAGAAUACCUUCGAGUACAGAUGCGGAGGAGCGUUGAUAAAUGAAAAAGUCAUCAUCACGGCCGCUCAUUGCGUUGUGGAUCUUCCGCCAGUCGAUUGCGAAGGCACCAAUAUGACCAAUUUUAGAAUACAUGACGUUAUUUUGGGUGAUCACGAUGUGGACACGGAUCCAGAUUGCGAAAAGGAAGUGUGCGCCGCUCCGAUGCAGAAAAUCAAAAUUUCUAAGGUCAUUUCCCAUCCGAAAUACAACAAUCCAAAGUUACAGAACGACAUCGCGAUUAUCAUACUGGAAAAACCUGCGGAAUUGACCGAAUGGGUAACUCCGAUUUGUCUUCUAAGCGGAAAUCACGAUUACACGAAUAGCACAGGAACUGUGGCCGGAUGGGGCGUCACGGAUAUCUUCACCGAAGACGUCGGGAAGGUUCUGCAGUACUUGAACGUCCCUAUAAGCGAUGACGAUGCUUGCAAAAAGUACUACGCCAAGAUUUCUCCUAUCGGGGAAAGCCAGUUUUGCGCCGGCGGAAUUGUCGGAAAGGAUUCGUGCUCCGGAGAUUCCGGGGGUCCGUUGAUGGUUGUCGCUGAGAGCGAUUCCGGACCGAAAUACAGUCUUCUCGGGGCCGUGUCUUUCGGGUACAAGAAGUGCGGAUUCUCCCCGAUUCCCGCUGUCUACACUUACGUCCCGUUCUAUCACGAAUGGAUUUUGGAUAAUAUAUAGAUGAUUUCUGAGCGUUUUUAAACUUAGCUUUAAUAAUUUAUAAACGGGUUAGGUCUAUGCUUGCUUCUUAUUUAAUAU